UUUGCAAAGGCGGCUGAUGGACGCUGACCAGCCGUGGAGAUCCAGGGCAAGAACAAUUGAGGGUCCAGGGGGCCACUGAGGGCCCUCAAAAGGUGCUCCUAAGCCUUCCAUCUUGGCACAAGAAGUUGCGGUGGUCCUACAAAACCCACAGCUGUCCCUGGAAGAAGCUUUGGAGAACCUUCAGAAAGUCCUCAGCUCCUGCUGGGAAGAGGCAAGGAAUCCGGUCAUCUAGAGGUGGACAGAGAAACAAUUUGGAGAACUUGAGAAGGUCCCUCAACUUCUCCUGGGGAAGAGUCAAGGGUUUGGGUCAUCAGCUGGUGGAUGUCAGAAGAAACUUUCUGGGAAAACGUCAGAAGGUCCCCAACUCCUUGCUGAGAGGAGGCAAGGAAUCCGGUCAUCCGGAAGUGGACAGAGAAACAGUCUGGAGAACUUGAGAAGGUCCCCCAACCCCUGCCGGAGAAGAAUCAAGGAUUUGGGUCAUCGGGUGGUGGAUGUAAAAAAUAAUUUGGGGGUGAACUUCAGGAGAUCCCCAACUCCUGCUGGGAAGAGUAAAGGAAUCCGGUCAUCUGGUAGUGGACAGACAAACAGUCUGGAGAACUUCAGAACGUUCCCAAACAGGAACAGGCGAGGACCAGGUUGAGGACAAUCCCAUCGGAAGAGCCGAUACUAUUUCCGAAGGGGCAGAUUGGGGGGGGUCUAACUGGUCCUGGGUUAGCAAGGGCUCUGGAAGGACUGGAGGAGGGGGGAUCUGUGCCCCCCAGCCCCACACCUCUAAGCAUGUUCUUCUUCUCUGUGGUGGUGGUGGUGGUGGUCCCAUGGAUCUUUGCUCCUCACGGUGCUGAUUCUGAAUUUUCCAUGUGCCAGAGUUUGGACCUUGAGGUGGCACGAGCCAGAAGGAUUCAGGCAAUCCGAGGCCAGAUCCUAAGCAAGCUGCAACUGGAGACGCCCCCCAAGGACGACGGGGCGCCCCAUCCUUUGCCCCCCGAGGUGAUGCUCCUCUUCAACAACACGCAGGAGCUGGUGAGGCAGCUGGCGACCGGCGAGGGACGACGCAAGGCGCUGCGCCAGGAUAAGGAAUAUUACGCCAAAGAAGUCCGGCGGGUGGAUAUGUUGACUCUCGGGCACGCUGACAAUUCCAUCCCCGGCCCCUUCUCCACUCCUUUCCUCCGAUUCCUGCACUUUGAUCUCUCCGUUGCGCCCCACAACUUCAGCCACCUCGUCCAGGCGGAGUUGAGGAUCUACAAGGUCCCAAAUCCUGGAUCCCACACCACCGAGCAGCACGUGGAACUCUACCAGGUGAUGCAAGGCAGGGAGCCUUCUGCCCCAACCCAGCGUUACGUGGGAAGCCGAAGUUUACUCCCCAGGCAUCGGGCCGAGUGGGUGUCGUUUGAGGUCACUGACAGCGUCCGUCGGUGGCUGCGGACCAGAGGAAAAAAACUCAGCUUCACGCUGGGGUUGGGCUGUCCCUGUUGUAGUUCCACCCCGGCCUGGAACACCAUCAAUUCCCAGCACAGUGAGCCGCUGGAAGCUCUCUUUGCAGGUCUGGAUGACGCCCACAUCAAGGAAGCAUGGAAAGGCUGGUCCAGACCCCCGGAUCUCACCCACAAAGACCCACACCUGAUCCUCACAUUGCUGCCCCCAAACCAGGUAGACCCUGCUCCGAAGGGCCGGCAUCGUCGGGCAGCUAAGCCCCCCAGCUGUCCCAGGAAUGCGGAUAAAGACUGCUGCCUUCACCCGCUAUUCAUAGAUUUCCGGAAGGAUCUGAAGUGGAAGUGGAUCCAUCAGCCCAAAGGAUACAAAGCGAAUUUCUGUGCUGGCAGCUGCCAAUAUAGCCUAACUACCAACAUACGUCAUAACAUGGUGCUUCCCCAGUACAUCAAGCUGAACCCCGAAGGCUCGGCCACUCCUUGUUGUGUUGCCCGCAAACUGGAACCUUUGACCAUCCUAUAUUAUGUCGGCCGCCAGCCCAAAGUCCAGCAACUGAGCAAUAUGAUUGUGAAAUCCUGCCGUUGCCGUUAAAAUGGGAGGGGGGGGACUGGCAAGGAGCCCCCCUUCCACUUCCAUCAGAAGAAAGACCUCCUAAGAAUCCCAUUUUUUGCUCUCGUCUUCCUUCUUCCCUCUUCAAAAUCAGGAGGACUUUUCCCUCGAGUGCAGAAGCCUCCCUAGUAUGGAGACCCAAGGAGCUAGUCCUCAUGGCCGAGAAAAUUCCUCUUUUAGAGCUGGGGAUCGGAGCACAAGACUGGCGGUCUGCACAUGAUCGGAGGGAUGGCAGAUGAGGAGGGAGAGAAGGAGAAGGAGAAAGUAGCAGAAGGAGAAGGAGGAGGAGAAGAAGGGAUGGCAGAUGAAGAGGGAUAGAAGGAGGAAGAGG